AUGAGUGAUGACCCACGCUACUCGCAGCAACAUAUACCACCAAUGGAGGGUUUAGGGAAAGGAAUGCAAGGACCACAUGGGUCAAACAUUCACCCGGGAAUGGGAAGCACAGGCCAGCAAGGAAUGCCUCAAGGACCCUCAAUGACAGGCAUGUCACCAAGCCAUCAGAUGAUGCAAGGAGGUCCAGGUGGGGCAAACUCCAGCAUGGGAGGUAACCAUGGGAAUAUGGGAGGACACAUGCAGAGCAGCAUGGUUAGUCACAGUCAGAGUGGGAUGCCGGCUCAUGGACCCCAAGGUAUGUCUAUGAAUGCCUCUGCCUCAGGCAUACCACCAACAUCGAUGGGAGGCAUGGCAAAUAUGCAGGGACUCCCAGACAACUCAAUGGCAAACAUGACACCCUCCAACGGAGGCAUGCCAGUGCCAAAUCAUUCUCAGCAGCAGCAGCACACCUUGGGACCUGGACAGAUGUCUGGUCCAGGUAUGGUUGGUCCAGGGCCUGGACAGAGCAUGACUCAGGGUAUGUCUGGUGGCAGUUCAAGCCCCAGCCUUUCUGGAUCUCAGAUGGCAGGUGGGGCCAUGGGGCCACCCAACCAGAGUGUUGAUCCAAGCACUAGUCAGAAUCAGCAGAUUGGCAUGCAAGGAGGCCCCCCAGGUCAACCAAGACAAACCUUCAACCAGGCACAGCUGCACCAGCUUCGUGCCCAAAUCAAGGCAUACAAAUUGCUGGCAUGUAAUGCACCAAUCCCAGAUAGCUUACGCAUGGCGCUGGAAGGAAAACGGCCAAUGGGGUCAUUUCCAAGACCAGGUGACCCACACCAAAUGCAGAAGAUCCGUAUGAUGCAACAACAGCAGGGUGGCCACCCACAGCAGCCACCCUCGCAGCAGCUUCUUCAGCAACAGAUGGGACAGGUAAGAGGCCACAGUGGUGGCAUGGCUGGCCCCAAUCAAGGCCCUCUUGACCCAUCUCAGCAGCGAAUGCAGGGGCCUAUGCACCAGCAGCAGAUGACACCACAGCAGCAGAUGGGAGCUCCUGGUCAACAACAGCAGCCACAGCAGCAGCAGCAGCAACAGCCUCAGACAUUAUCUGCUCUGAAGCAGAAUAGAAUUGCGCCUGUUGCUAAACCUCAAGGCCUGGAUCCUCUCGAAUUAUUGAAGGAAAGAGAAAACAGAGUGUCAGCUCGGAUUGCACAUAGAAUACAAGAGCUGUCGAAGAUGCCAACCACAAUGCCAGAGGACUUGAAGAUCAAAGGAAUGAUUGAACUUAGGGCUUUACGCCUGCUCAACUUUCAGAGAUCUCUGCGGACUGAAGUCAUCUCAACAAUGCGCAAGGAUACAACUUUAGAGACAGCUCUGAAUCCAAAUGCAUACAAACGCAGCAAGAGGCAAUCUUUGCGCGAGGCUAGAGUCACAGAAAAAUUGGAAAAACAGCAGAAAAUGGAGCAGGAUAGAAAGAAAAGACAGAAGCAUCAGGAAUACCUGAAUGCAGUUCUUCAGCAUGCCAAAGAUUUCAAAGACUUCCACAGAAAUAUUGUGGCUAAGAUUGGCAAACUGAACAGAGCUGUUAUCACAUACCAUACAAACACCGAGAGGGAACAGAAGAAGGAGCAGGAGAGAAUUGAGAAAGAGCGUAUGAGAAGACUUAUGGCUGAGGAUGAAGAGGGCUAUAGAAAACUGAUUGAUCAGAAGAAAGAUAAACGCUUGGCCUACCUGCUAUCACAGACAGAUGAGUAUGUCAACAGCUUGGCCACUCUUGUGAAGGAGCACAAGGAGGAACAAAGGAAAAAGAAACAGAAAAGGCGAAAGAAGAGGAAUGCUGACGAUGAAUCCAGCCAGGGAGAUAAGCGGGUGAAAGUGAUGGAUCCCGAAACUGGCACAGUACUCUCUGGAGACCAGGCUCCGUUGGCAAGUCAGUUGGAGGCUUGGUUGGAAAUGAACCCCAA